AAACGGUUGAAGCUGUAGGAUUUGAUUUUGCCUCUUGUCAACUGCAAUGGAACCAACAUUCAAAAUAGCCAAGAACCUCUUUGGUCUGAAAAUGAAGAACAAGAGGAAGUUAAAGAAAAAGAAAACCAAGGCAGACCUGAUCCUAGCAAACAAGGGAGCUUUGGAGGCCGAAGCAGAGAGUCACUCAGAUGAAUGUCAGGAGGAAGAUGACCAUGAGAAUCAGCGUUUUGUCCAUAGAAGGGAGAGACCUGACUAUAAAAGGUCCAAACUUAAUACCCAUAUUCAGGACAGUGAAGGGAAAUCCCAAAACUUCAGGAUUACCAUUAACAUCACAGAGGCACGUCAACUGGUCGGGGAUAACAUUGACCCCUGUGUUGUGAUAGAAAUUGGAGAUGAGAAGAAGCAGACAUCAGUGAAAGAAAGCACCAAUGCUCCUUUUUACAAUGAAUAUUUUGUUUUUGAUAUUUUUGCCCACAAAGAAGUCUUCCUUGAUAAAGUCAUCAAGCUGUCUGUCAUUCACUCCAAGAUGCUGCGUAGUUUCUUCAUUGGCUCUUUUAAACUUGAUGUCUGGACUGUUUACAAACAGCCAGGCCAUCACUUUAACAACAAAUGGGCACAACUUACAGAUCCAAGAGACAAAAACACUGGAGUGAAAGGAUUUCUGAAAUGUGACAUCAGCGUCUCAGAAAAAGGAGAUUCCAUUGAGCAAGUCAGCAAAACCAGCAGUGCAGAAGAACAGAUAGACAAGAAUCUGCUCUUACCUGAAGGAUUUCCAUCUGAGCGUCCUUGGGCCCAGUUCUCUGUGAGGAUUUAUAAAGCUGAAGGUCUGCCUCGAAACAGCUCCACCAUCAUGGCUAAUGUCACCAAAGCCUUAAUUGGAGACCGCACAACGCUCAUUGACCCUUAUGUGGAGGUUCGCUUCUUCAAACAAGUGGGUCGUACAUCCACUCAGCGGUCCUCAGCGGAUCCUGUUUGGAAUGAGCAGGUCGUUUUCACAGAGAUGUUUCCACCUUUGUGUCAGAGAAUGAAGAUUCAGGUUUGGGAUGAAGGAAGUGUGAAUGAUGUAGCAAUAGGUACUCAUUACUUUGAUCUCCGGCGUAUCUCCAAUGAACAGGAUGGAGACCGGGGUUUUCUACCAACAUUUGGUCCUGCUUGGAUCAACCUGUACGGCUCUUCCAGGACCCAAACACUGGGAGAUGACACUGUGGAACUCAAUGAGGGCAUUGGAGAAGGAGUUUCAUUUAGGGGACGUAUCUACAUUGAACUAGUUGUUGAAAUCCUAUCUGGGGGUUCAGAGUCAAAGCAGAGCAGAAUCAAAACCAUUAAGGACAUCAAGAAUGAAAAGACAGCACCAGGCAAAGAUGGACCACCAGCAGCCGCCACUGGGGGCACUGCUGAGGAAGGCAAGGCGGAGGUUCUCCCUGUGGAACCUCUUUCUAAGGGUGAAGAAAAUGAGAACUUUUUUCUUUUUGGAGCCUUGUUUGAGGCCUCUAUGAUUGACAGAAAAAUUGGAGACAAACCAAUCAGCUUUGAGUUCUCUCUGGGCAAUUACGGCAAUAUAUUUGAUCCAGCAUUGCCUUCAGCUAUUCCUGCACCCAGUUCUGUUCUGAGCCACAGGAGAAAAGCUCUGGAUUUCCCAGAUGGAACAGACCUUUUCAGUGUUUCUCCCAGCAGCUCGCAAACCUCUCUCCUCUCAACAGAGCCCCCUGACCUUUCAAGGUCAUCCAAGCCUUCCACUACUCCAGAAAAAACACACUUAGUUGAAGGCAACAGGCACUAUAUGUAUCUGCCUCUGGAGAAACAAAAGCCAUGCAUCAAUCUGAUCAGUCAGUGGGAGGGGAGGACCUACCGACUUUAUAUCUCCAACAUGCUGGAAAAUAUAGCCAACCAAUUUGUGAGUGGAGUGUUACUGAGUGCACACCGGAAGUGUGAUCCUGGAGUAAUUCCUCAACUCAGACUAGUCCUUGUAGAGUUUUGCACAGAUGCCAAAGAGUUCAUAACUACAGCCGAUGCCAUGGUUAGAGCUGAAGUGAAGUCAGACUAUCUGACAUUACUGGACAAGAAGCGCCUCACCAUGUGCAAGCAAGAACUGCAAAGUAUGGUCGAUGAAGCAAUGUCUCUUUCCUUGAGGUUAAGAAAGAAUGACACUGUCAAAGAUGUCCUAAGGGAGGCCAGAAAACUUACCAAGAAACUGCGAUUCCUUGUAGAAGAGCCGCAGCACACAGUCCCAGAUCUGUUCAUCUGGUUACUGACCAACAAUAAACGCAUUGCGUAUGCUCGUGUUAAAGCUAGAGACAUUCUGUACUCCAGCAGUAUAGAAACCUGUGGCAUAAACUGUGGAAAAAUACAAACGCUGUUCAUGAAGACCUCAUCGAAGAGAGGCCUAACCUUGUCAGUUCAGGCUAAGAUAGAUGUUUACCUUUGGUUUGGGGCCUUCUCUGAUGCCUGGAGUAUGCUAGACAACCUGCCUCCAGGCUUUAGUGCAACAGAAGCUGCGGACCCAAACAACCCACCUUUGUAUCUGCACGUCACAGAGCAGCAUCAGUUCCAGCUUAGGUGUCACAUGUACCAGGCCAGAGGUUUGAUAGCUGCAGACAACUCCGGUUUAUCCGACCCUUUUGCUCGAGUCACCUUCAUUUCACACAGCCACAACACUAAUAUAGUUCAGCAAACUCUCAGUCCAUCGUGGGACCAGUGUUUACAAAUGAACCAGAUCGUGUUGGGGGGAAACCUGCAAUACAUCGAGAAGGAGCCACCACGCAUUGUUAUUGAGGUGUAUGACGAUGACGCACUGGGUAAACCUGAAUACCUAGGGUCUACAGUGGUGGUACCAACUGUCCAACUGGCUUCUGUUGAUUACACUCCACCAGCCCUCCAGUAUUUCCCACUGCACUGUGGCAACCUGAGUGGUGGAGAUGUGCUGGCGGCUUUUGAACUUAUGGAGAUUCAAGAAGUCAAACGUUGGAACCUUCCACAAUUAGAAGCAAAUGAAGCAGGGUUUCUUGUGGUUCCUCGAAACAUCCGUCCAGUCCUCAGCACUUACAGGCUGGAGGUUUUGUUUUGGGGUCUGAGACAAUUGAAAAAAGUUCAGCUGCUGUCAGUGGACCGGCCACAGGUCUUCAUAGAGUGUGCCAACAAAUCUCUGCGAUCUUCCGUCAUUCCAAAAUACAAGUCAAACCCAAAUUUCCCUACACAGCUUGAUGUCAUUGAACUAGAGUUACCAGAGAAUGAACGCAUCCACCCCAAUUUGACUAUCACUGUUGUAGACUGGCGGGCAUUUGGUCGCAGUACACUGGUUGGAAAUCACAUUGUUAGCAAUUUAAAAGCUUAUACGUAUGUGCCACCACCAGUCACCUCUGCACUGAUUGCUCCCAAAACACCCACAACUACCAAAUUUUCAACAACUAUUACUAUACUAGCCUCUGAAGAUCAGAGCAGACAAGCAGAGGAAAGUGUUGCUGUUGACACCCCAAGACCCCACUGUGAAAUUUUAGUAGAAGAUGGUCACUCACCAGAAGAUCAAUCAUCUAAACCCCCUGAACUUCAGAAGGAAAGGGGUCCUAAAUCAAGCAGACGUGUUCGUUCCACUCGGCACAGGCGAAGGACUAUCGCUGAUGAAUCCGCAGAGUGUGUCAUUGACUGGUGGUCCAAAUACUACGCCUCUGUUGAAAAACUGGCUAAACAGAAUGAUGGUACCACUCUGACACCUUUAUUUGCAAAAACUUCUGCGUACCAGUCCUUGCUCAGUGAAGGAAUAGGCUCACUUGUUGGCCAUAUUGAUGGAGACAAAAAGAAAAGUAAAGCCAAAGACACUCUGUUUCCAUCCCCAAUUAACUGCAAGAUUGCUACACUUAAGCUUUACACAAAGGAGCUGGAGUCAGAGUUUGCCCAAUUUAAUGACUGGGUUGACACAUUUGAGUUGUACAGAGGGAAAGCUAACAAAGAAGAUGAUGAUGAAAGAUUUGUUGGUAAAUUUAAGGGCCGAUUUUGCCUCUAUAAAGUGCCUGAUGACGAGGAUGAGGAUUUCCAGGAUGAUGCUGACUUUUUCAGAGUCAAUCGCGGAAUCCCUCAAAACCAUUCAGUCCAAGUCCUUAUUCGGGUCUAUAUUGUUUCUGCCACCAAUCUGCAACCCGCUGACCCGGACGGUGGAGCAGACCCCUACAUUGUUCUUCGCAUCGGCAAAAAUGAAAUCAAAGACAGAGACAACUACAUCCCCAAACAACUCAACCCCAUUUUCGGAAGGUCAUUUGAGAUUCAGGCCAAGUUCCCCCAGGAGUCGCUGCUGACUGUACUCAUCUAUGACUUUGACCUGGUGGGCGGAGACGACCUGAUGGGAGAGACCCUCAUUGAUCUGGAGAACAGGUUUUAUAGCCGCCACCGGGCCACCUGCGGACUCCCCACUGAGUAUAGCGAAGAGGGAUAUAAUGCCUGGAGAGACUGCCUCAAACCCUCAGAGAUCUUGUCUAAACUGUGCAGAGAAAAUGGUUUACAUGGUCCAAAUUUUGCACCUGGACGCAUCUCUAUUGGAGAAAAAGUUUUUACUGGAAAUACGGUUUCCAUGCAUGACGAAGAGCCAAAAGAAUGCUAUGAGAAUCUAUCUCUUAAAGUCCUCAAUCAGUGGUCAGACAUUAUGGGUUAUAGCUUGGUUCCUGAACACAUUGAAUCUAGAACACUGUACCACAAAAGUCGUCCCGGCAUGGACCAGGGUCAGCUAAAGAUGUGGGUGGACAUGUUUCCAAUGGACAUGCCGUGUCCUGGACCUUCUGUUGACAUCAGCCCCCGAAAACCCAAACCGUAUGAGCUGAGGAUUAUCAUUUGGAACACUGAUGAUGUGGUUCUCGAAGACACCAACAUAAUCACUGGUCAAAGCUCCAGUGACAUCUAUGUAAAAGGUUGGUUAAAAGGUUUAGAGAAUGACCGACAAGAGACAGAUGUUCACUACAACUCUCUCACUGGAGAGGGGAAUUUCAACUGGCGUUUUGUUUUUCCUUUUAACUAUCUCCCUGCUGAGAAGAUGAUAGUUGUGCAGCAAAAAGAGCACAUUUUUUCUUUGGAUAAAGCAGAAAAGAAAUUUCCUGCCAUUCUGAUCCUUCAAGUUUGGGAUUUUGAAACACUUUCAUCAGAUGAUUUUAUCGGGACAUUGGAGUUGGACCUUCACAAGUUUCCUCCUGGAGCAAAGUCCUCUAAGCUGUGCAAAGGAGACUUCUUAACAGCUGGAAUGGAGAAUAUUUCCAUCUUUCAGCAGAAGAGGGCCAGAGGAUGGUGGCCCUUUUCCAAUAGUGGAGAACUGACAGGAAAAGUGGAAGCUGAAUUUCAUCUUUUGACAGCAGAGGAGGCCACGAAAAACCCAGUUGGUAAAGCCCGCAAUGAACCCGAGCCCUUACCCAAACCAAAUCGUCCAGAUACGUCUUUUUCAUGGUUUGUCAAUCCAUUCAAGUGCUUCUUCUAUUUGGUGUGGAACCGUUACAAGAAGUACAUCAUCCUCGGACUGCUGAUCCUGAUCACAGCACUGUUCUUGGCACUUCUAUUCUACACACUACCAGGAGCUAUUUCUGCAAAGAUAGUAUCAGGAAAAAAAUAAGAUGACAUCUAAAGUUGUUGGUGAUUCUACUCUACAUUGUGGUGCAGUGGAUUUAGACAGUCGGUGGAUUUAAUGUAUUAACUCAUAAAUAGUGACAACUCAUCAUCGUGCUUAACAUGUAAAAUAUAUUAAAAAAAACAACAGCACAAAAUUAUUAAGUAAAUACAUUAUUAAUCAACAAAAAGCAAUAUUUGUCAAUUGUGAUACAUAUAUCCAAAAGAUAUUUGUAAAUAUGUAAUCAGUGUGCACAUCCAUUUGUUUUAAGUGACAACACGCUAUAUUGUUAAAAGGUCUGUAAUAAAAAAAAAAGUUUGUGCAUUCAAUUUUUAUGAUGGAUAAUGUUGCUUGUAUCAUGUACAUGUACAGUGCCUUGCGAACAUGU